UAGAGGCGUCUGGUGGUGACUUUUAGAAAUAUGGUUUGUAAUUUGGAAAUGAUUUAAAUAAUUUAUUAAAAGUGAAAUGUGUUGUUCUUAUCUACACGUAUGAAUUACUUUGAUUUUUUUCUAUUCUGUUAUGUUACUUAUACUUAGUUCGUAAAAAUGUUUGAGGGAUUACUGACUGUCAGGUACAUAACCUCCAAAAACUGUUUCUGUGCCUUGUCUGUUAAUAAUUUUAAACGUUUACAAAAUAAUGUUCUCAAAUUGUCAUAUAAUGAUAAUGAGACCAUCCACGUGUCUGUUGACCCUUUGUCAGGAUCAGUUGAUGACCAAAGUCUUGGCAUUAAUUCAUUGUAUGGGAAAGCUUUGGGCCUUGAGGACAGUUCGUUGGUUGCUGUGUCUGAAAUUUCAAAACCUCCAACAAUUCAGAGUGUUACAAUAACAGCCGUUGAUUCUAAUGAUCAUUUAGUUUUGGAAUCGUUAGCUGAAAAUGUUCAGUCCACUUUGCUUGAGCAAAUUCGCGUUCUUUCAAAUGGACAGAAAUUUGUAAUUUGGAUUGGGACAACAAUUCAUGUAACUGUAUUUGUCUGUGAUAUUAAACCAGUUUCCCCCGGGAAAAUCGAUAAUUUGACUGAAGUCGUAAUAAAAGUACCAGAAAAAGAAUUUAAUUCAAUUUCAAACAGGAGAGAAAAUAGUAAUGAACUCAAAGACAUAGACAAAACAUUUAAUUUUUUGUCUGAAUGUCAUAACAAUGAAGGAAAUUUUAUUUUUCGCGUAGUACCUUUUAAGGAAAUAGUUUCACAAUUGGGUGACUUAAACUCUCCAUUUAAUGUUUUUGUAUUUAGAGACAGCGUCUCAGAAAAAAUAAAAGACACAAUAAAAAACUCUAGAUUAUUUUUAUUAAAAUUGUUGAGUAACGAAGAUGUUGAGAAAUCACUUUAUGUUAGAUUACUCAUUUUUGACGACUUUUUAGACGAUUUUAAAUUAAAGAAAAUGUACACAGAAAAUUUAUUUCUCAGUGAUACGCUCUUUAAUCAUUUGAACUGUGAAAUUGGGGCAAGAGUUCGUUUAGAACCCUACACAAAUACUUCACCAGAAAUAAAAGAAAUAGAAAUUUACACAAAAAGAGAUUAUUCAAUCGACGUUAUUCAAGAUUUCCAGCAAUAUUUAGCCGAUAAUUGCAAAACGUAUGAAUUUGUUUUAAAUUCUGAUGUAAUAUGGGAAAUUAGAAGUAAUUUGAGAUGUUUGAUACGAUUUCAACCUUGCCAGGCAAACUUUUGUGUUGUGACACAAGAUUUAGUUCGAAAUUGUAAGUUAAUUUUUAUCAAUGAAACUAUUCCUCAGAGAGAGACUCUUGAUAAAAAGGAUUUUUGUGUUAAUAAUUAUGCAACGGAUGUGACCAAUUAUAAGGAAAUUAUCGACAGUAAUUUGUUUUUGUGUACUUACAAAACUAGAAGUUUCUGUAAAAUGGAAAAUAUAUUAAUAACAGGUAAACCUGGUACUGGUAAAACCACUUUGGCUAAAAUUAUUGCACAUAAAAUAAAUUCUUCUCCUUAUUUCGUUCAUACAAAAAUAAUUAAUUGCAAAUCAAUCAAAGGAAAAACCGUUGAAUCGUUACAUAGAUUAUUAUCGACAACUUUUUUCGAUUUGAUUCACCAUCAACCAUCUGUUUUAAUUUUGGAUAAUCUUGAAAUUUUAUGUGAAAAUGUUAACGAAGGAGACGCUCUUUCUCAAAAUACGGUUUAUUAUAACAGAGUAAGUGAAAUGUUGGAAUCGAUUUUUGAAAAUUUUUGCGAAAAUAAUGCCGUCGCUCUAUUAGCAACAGUUGAAUCAACAUCCAAAUUACAUAAAAAUAUAUAUACAACGAGAGGCCACCACUUAUUUAAACACGUUUAUGCUAUUAAUCAAUUGAAUAAAAAUGACAGGAAAAAAUUGCUGGAAUUUUUUUUUGUACAUUAUAAUCAUAAUGAAGUUGAUUUAGAGAAAUUGGUUGAAAAAACUGAAAGUUUUGUUAUGCGGGACAUUUUUGAUUUUGUGAAUAAAACUUUAUUUGAAUUGUAUCAAAACGAUUUUGAUAAAGACACAAUGAAAAUUACUGAAAAAUAUUGUGAGGUAGCUUUGGAAACAGUAACCGAAACGUCUUUAUCAGGCGUUAAUCUUCUUCCAUCUGGUGAUAAAAAUUUGGAUGAUAUUGGGGGUUUAGCCGAUGUCAAAAAACUUUUAAUUGAGACUAUGCUAUGGCCGGCGAAAUUUUCUAAUGUGUUCUCAAACGCACCCCUCCGUUUACCAUCCGGUUUGCUCCUAUACGGUCCUCCAGGUACAGGUAAAACUAUAUUGGCAGGAGCAGCUGCAAAACACUGCGGACUUCGGUUAAUUUCCAUAAAGGGACCUGAACUUUUAUCGAAAUAUAUCGGGGCCAGUGAGCAAGCCGUUCGUGAUGUAUUCCAAAGAGCACAAAGCGCCAAACCAUGCAUAUUGUUCUUCGACGAGUUCGACAGCUUGGCUCCCAGGAGAGGCCACGACAACACUGGUGUAACGGAUCGUGUUGUAAAUCAGCUUUUAACUCAACUCGAUGGCAUCGAGACCCUUUCUGGUGUAUUUGUUUUAGCAGCAACUUCCCGACCUGACCUUUUAGAUCCGGCCCUUUUACGACCUGGCCGUCUCGACAUUCACAUUCGUUGCCCUCUUCCCGACAAGAAAUCUAGACUCGAAAUUUUAAAAGUUUUGUCAAAGUCUUUAAAUUUCUCCAACGAUGUGAAUUUAGAAAAAAUCGCCAGCGCCACUGAGGGUUUUUCCGGCGCCGAUUUACAGGCUGUCCUCUACAGCGCUCAACUGGAUUCCGUCAAAGACCUCUUGCAGGACGAGGGAAAUAUGCAAGAAUUUUACUACGAGAUUCAUCAGGUCCAGUUAAUGGAAGCUCUAAAAAAUACCAGGGCCUCUUUAAGUAAAGCAGAGCAGUUGAAAUAUGAGCAAAUAUAUAAACGUUUUGAGGGUGGCGGCAGCAGCGACUUUACACCAGGUAGCAGGGCAACACUAGCGUAGCUAUCAUUUACAAGAGAAUUGUUAGGUGUUUUGUUAAAUAAAGUGGUUCCAACAU